GUGAAUGUGAGAACACCUUGUAAGUACACAGGGGACACAGGCACGAGACAAAGAUACUCUGUUCUCUAGAUCAUCACAACAAGGGAUUAAAUGGGGUCAUUAUUUUCAAAACCAUCUCCUCAACCCCCUCCUGCUUCAGCAGAACUAAAUAAGCCCUGGAGGAAAGUGACAUGGAGAGAAAAGAACGAGAUUUUGCCAUACCUGGAAGGUUUUAGAUCAAGUGCUGGGGUUCUAAGAAUUCUGCUGUAUGGACCAACCGGAGCAGGGAAGUCAUGCUUUGUCAAUUCAGCCCAGAAGGUUCUCUUAGGUCGCAAUGUUAUUAGUGCUCAUGAACAAACGAUGCGAGUUGGCCAAAGCUUUACUGUUAAAAUAAAAACACACAAGAUGAAGAAGCGAGGAGGGGGGCGUUUCCCUUUUGUUUUUGAUGACAUCAUGGGACUUCAGCCAGACAAUCUUGGUGGAAUACAAACUGAGGAUAUCAUCAACAUAUUAAAGGGUCACAUUUCAGAUGGCUAUAUUUUCAAUCCCAUGCACCCUAUAACUGCAGACCACCCCAAGUACAAAGCCAAACCAGAAGCAGAGGAUAAAGUUCACUGUCUGGUGUGCAUUCUUCCUGCUGACUCUGUAUCCAGAAUGAAUGAUGAAGUUUUUGUCAAAAUGAAGACCAUUCGAACAAAGGCAGUACACCUGGACAUACCACAUGUCAUUGUUUUGACAAAAGUGGAUCAAGCAUGUGAAGUGGUCAACCAAGACUUGAAAAAGAUCUAUCUCAGCAGAAAGAUUAGCGAGAAGGUAGAGGAGUGCAGUCAUAAACUGGGAAUCCCCUUGAACAACAUCUACCCUGUGCAGAACUAUCAUACAGAGAUCAGCCCAGAUGAAGCUACUGACAAUCUCCUCCUCAUGGCUCUGAAUGAUAUUGUCAACUUUGCCAACGAUCAUGUGGAGGACAGAGAUGAUGAAUAAAUCAAUGUAUGAAACUGAAAGCCAAACUAGCUUUUUUUGGCUUAGUAAAACAUUUAAAAAUGUUUAAAUCUGUAAAAUAUAUUACUUUCCACUUUAUCCUGUUUUUAUAGAGUUUUUUGAUAAAAAUGGUGAAAUUAAAAUGGAAAAUUUCAAUAAAAAGUGUUCAUUUUAAAUUUAAAAAAUGGGAGGGUAUUUUGCAAAGCUCACAACCUGUCGGCAUUCGAAAAAAGCCGCUAAGACUAAAGGGAGAGACAUUUUGUCAUAGUAUUAUUUUUUUAAGAUAUAUUUUUUUAUAUGUAAAAAUGGAUUUCUAAUUGUUUUUUUUUAUAUAUUUUUUCUUAUUUCUAUUAAGUCUGUAAUUAAUUCUGAAGGUCCUUAAACACAUGUUUUAUGUUGUAUGUGUUACAUAUGUAAACCAAACUACUUUUUUCUAGUCCUGUUCUGGCUGUUUUUGUUUUGAUUCUGUUUUUAUGUUUCAUUAAGAGUUUCUUUUUAAGUUUUUACAUAACCGUUUCUUUAAAGAAUAUGGUCAGUGGGUAUUGUAAAACCUGACAGAUAAUGUAUGCUCAUUUAAAUGUGCUUCAUCAUAUUGUUGAUGUCACACAAAAACCUCAGGUCAUAAAAAUGUAUGUGGAAAAGGU